CGACUUGGGCCCUUUCCUCCUUCUUCCCUUCUCCAUCCCACUAUUAAGCACCACUUUCAGCUUUUUUUUUCUUCUCCUCAACCUCACUCCUUUCUCCUCAAGACCCUCGAUUUCUUGUCAAUACCGCCAAAAUGUCCGCCCCCAACGACAACGAGCAUGAGAUGACCUUCGACUCCGCCGAUGCCGGCGCGUCUCUCACCUACCCUAUGCAGUGCUCUGCUCUGCGUAAGAACGGUUUCGUCGUCAUCAAGAACCGCCCUUGCAAGAUCGUCGACAUGUCCACCUCCAAGACUGGAAAGCACGGUCACGCCAAGGUCCAUCUUGUCGCUACCGACAUUUUCACUGGCAAGAAGUACGAGGAUCUCUCUCCCUCUACUCACAACAUGGACGUCCCCAACGUCAGCCGCCGAGAGUACCAGCUUCUCGACAUCUCCGACGAUGGUUUCCUCUCCCUCAUGACCGACGACGGUGACACCAAGGACGAUGUUCCCCUUCCCGACAACGAGGUUGGCCAGAAGAUCACCAAGCUCUUCAAGGAAGAGGAGAAGGACACCAACGUCAUUGUCCUCACCUCUAUGGGCGAGGAGUGCGCUAUGGAGGCCAAGGAGGCUCCUAACCAGGGCUAAAUCAUUUAACCCUUGAUACACGCCCUACCUUAAUGGCACUUGGCCCCUGGGGAUCUACAUCAAAAGAUGAUCUGGAUCAGGGGAUCUUUUUUGUUUUGAUGGACAUUUGGCGCAUCAAUAUUCAUGGGCCAUGGGUAGGCGUCGUGCAGAAGGACCCUACCUGGACAGGGUUGCCUGUUGUUAUGAUAUACGGCAACCCUUCGCAACCGAGCCUCAGGCUCGAAAAUGUUUUCCUUUGUUCCUGGCUCACAAGCUGCGAAUACCAUCAUGUCACGAUACGUAGCAGCAAUUAAAUGACGAAAAAUGGGAGAGCUUUGGAGUUGAUCGAUUA